AUGAGUGAUUUGGGCUUCGAUCCUAGUUUGAAAAAGAAAAAGAAGUCAAAGAAGGCCGACGAUGCUUCGGCCGCUUCGCCUGCGUCGCCCACACCAGAUAUGGAUGACAUGUUUGCAGGUUUAAAGAAGAAGAAAAAGUCCAAGAAGAGCGAAGGCGAAAACUCUGCAGCAGACUCGACCUCCGUGGACGACUUGGCCAGCUCACUUGAUGACUUGGGCUUGAAAAAGAAGAAAAAGAAGUCCGUCAAGGCCGCAGGCGUAUCGGAAUUCGAGCAGCAGUUGGAAAAAGCUGGUCUUGACGAUGUGGCUCCUUCUGCGCAAACUGAAGAAAAGGAACAAUCAAUACAAGCUUCCCUUGGCUUGCCAUACGAGUUCCUCUUGUCUCGGUUUUUCACUAUUUUGAAAAAGAACAACCCUGAGUUGGCUGGUGACAGAAGCGGACCUAAGUUCAAGAUUCCUCCACCAGUGUGUCAGAGAGAAGGUUCGAAGAAGACGUUGUUUGCCAACGUCCAGGACAUUGCUUCUGUUUUGCAAAGAAACCCAGAGCACUUGAUUCAGUUCUUGUUUGCUGAGUUGGGUACCUCUGGUUCCAUUGACGGUGAAAAGAGAUUGGUGUUGAAGGGUAAGUUCCAGCCUAAGCAGAUGGAAUCUGUGUUGAGAAGAUACAUUAUUGAAUACGUCACAUGCAAAACAUGCAAAUCUAUGAACACCGAAUUGAAGAGAGAAUCCGCCAACAGAUUGCAUUUCCUUAGCUGUAAAGCGUGUGGCUCCACAAGAUCGGUUUCGAGCAUCAAAACGGGUUUCCAGGCCCAAAUCGGAAGAAGAAAGAGAGUUUAG